AUGGCGUACCAUGUUGGCCAUUACGAAGUUUACGAUGAGGGGAAGUGGUGGCAGCUCGGAGAAGAGGACCUGGUUGUUACCUGCGACGGGCCAUGUUGCAUAUCUAAGCCUAUGAAUGAUAGUUUUUCCUUCUGCCCGAUUUGUUACGACUUUGGAUUUUGCGAGAAUUGCGUGAAAUUACUGCGAGCAGGAGAGUUGGGGAUGGAUGUGUGUAGUGCGAAGCAUGUUGAACACUUGAUCUAUGUGCCUCCUCUGCCCCAAAAUUUGGAGUUGAAGAAAAGUCAGAUGUUUGCGGAUGGGAAGGUUAUGGAAAUUGGCCAGUGGUUGACAAAUUUGAAGAAAGAGUGGAACUUUUAG